AUGGUUUUGUUAAAAGUUUCACCUUCGAAAGGUGUGGCGCGUUUUGGGAAGCAUGGUAAGUUAAACCCACGAUAUAUCGGGCCAUUCAGAAUUUUGGAAAGGGUUGGUUCGAUAGCUUACAAGUUGGAGCUGCCAGCGGAACUAAACGGUGUUCAUGAUACAUUUCAUGUAUCUAAUCUGAUGAAAAGUCAAACUCAAGAGACAGUGGUCAUCCCUACGGAUGAAUUACACAUUGACGAUACACUCCACUUCACCGAAGAACCCGUUGAUAUUGUAGAUUGGAAAGUUAACAAGACUCGGAGGAGUAGUGUUAAGCUUGUCAAGGUUUGUUGGAACGCACGUCACGGCCCAGAGUUUACUUGGGAGCGUGAAGAUCGUUUGAAAGCAAAAUACCCACAUUUGUUCCCUAACUUCCCUGCAGCUCAUAGCAAAGCUUAA